UGUGUUUAAAAUUUAAGUUCUUCAUCCCAAGUUUCACGGCUCAGAAAGGAAGCGAAAUGAGGUUCAACCGAGUUGUAGAGUUUCCAGAAGACUUCUGGAUCCCAAUCCCGUUGGACACAGACAACAUCUCAUCCCUCAGCCCUUUCUCGGUUCCUCAGGACCACUUGGGGAAUUCGGGAAUGUUCUACGCCAUGGCCGGAUUCACGUUCUUUCUUUUUGUCGUCGGCACUUCCAUCAACACCCUCACCAUCGCGUGCACCAUGCAGUACAAGAAGCUUCGCUCCCAUCUCAACUACAUCCUGGUGAACUUGGCCGUGGCAAACCUUCUUGUGUCUGUGGUCGGCUCCUUCACCGCCUGCUGCUCCUUCACAUUCAGAUAUUUCAUCUUUGGGCCGCUAGCGUGCAAGAUCGAAGGGUUUGUCGCAACGCUAGGGGGUAUGGUAAGCCUUUGGUCUUUGGCAGUGGUAGCUUUUGAAAGAUGGCUGGUCAUCUGCAAACCUCUUGGCAAUGUUGCUUUCAAGCCUGAACAUGCGAUGGCUUGCUGCGUGUUCACCUGGAUCUUCGCGUUGACAGCCUCAGUCCCGCCCUUGCUGGGAUGGAGCAGGUACAUCCCAGAAGGCCUCCAGUGCUCCUGCGGUCCAGACUGGUACACAACCAACAACAAAUACAACAACGAGUCCUAUGUCAUGUUCCUUUUCUGCUUCUGCUUUGCCGUUCCAUUCACCACCAUUAUUUUUUGUUAUUCUCAGCUACUCAUAACACUUAAAAUGGUAGCAAAGGCCCAAGCUGAGUCGGCCUCCACCCAGAAGGCUGAAAAGGAGGUGACCAGGAUGGUGGUCGUCAUGGUGCUGGGCUUUUUGGUAUGCUGGAUGCCCUACGCCUCCUUCGCUCUUUGGGUCGUCAACAACCGUGGGCAAACGUUCGACCUGAGAUUAGCAACCCUACCAUCCUGCCUGUCGAAGGCCUCCACCGUCUACAAUCCCGUCAUCUACGUAUUCCUAAAUAAGCAGUUUCGAACAUGCAUGUUAUCCAUGCUGGGGAUGGGGGAUGGAGAGGAGGAAGUCUCUACAACUCAGUCAGUGACUGAAGUCUCCAAAGUUGGCCCGGCUUAGUCUGACCGUAAUCCUCUGUUAAUUGUAAAUCGUAAAUGCUAUGUCCAAACAUUUCACAAUCCAACAACAGC